CUCUGUGAACCGGUGGAAAAAAUGAGACUCACAUGGACCAGACCGAGACCUGGACCAGACCUGGUUUAAAGAAAGACCCAGGCAAGAACUCUGCUGUGGGCUCAUUUAGUCCUGGUUUAGUUCUGGUUUAGUCCUGGUUUGCACAUGACUGUGUUCAGAUUCAGACCUUCUUUAGUCCUCAUUUAGUCCUGGUUUAGUCCUGGUUUAGUCCUGGUUUAGUCCUGGUUUAGUCCUGGUUUAGUCCUGGUUUAGUCCUGGUUUAGUCCUGGUCCUGGUUCAGAGGGGCAGCAUGCGUCCCGGGCGUCCCCAGGCUCGGGGCUCCGUGUCUGGGCUCGGGGGGUCGGGGCGUCUGGCUCUGCUCCUGGUUCUUCUGAUGCUUCUGGACGAAACGACGUCGCUGAAAGAAAAAAACGAAGAAGAAGAACAAAUCCUGUCCUCAGGUUCCUUCAGAUUUUCUCCUCAGACUUCGUGGCUCGUCUUCAGAAGAAUGUCCAACGAAGAAAAACACAACAACAAGAACCUGAAGAGGAACUCAAAGCACGGCCCCCCCGGCCCCCGCGGCCCCCCGGGGCCCCCCGGACCUCAGGGCCCCCCCGCGGCCCCCGGCCUCCCCCCACCUCCGCUCCUCCAGCAGCAGCUCCGAGAUCAACUCCGAGAUCAACUCCGAGGUCUGGCGGGGGAGUCGUGUCGUCUCUGUGGUCCUCCUCGGGUCUCGGUCUGUUUCUCCAGUCGACUCCAGGCCUCAGUCUCGGUCCCACGAAGAAGUCUCCUGGAAGUCCAGACCUUCACCCAGGUCCUCAGUGGGUCUCGUGGUCCGUCUUUGUCCUCGGGUCGGUUCACGGCUCCGGUCUCUGGGUUUUAUCAGCUCACGGCGAGUCUCCUGAUGGAGUCCGGAGACCGAGUCCAAGUCCGAGCCCGGGACCACGUCCGAGCUGCGAUCUGCAUCCAGUCCCUGUGUCAGACCAACCUGUCCGUUGCCGCGGUGACAGGUGUGGUGGCGUCCGGUGGAACCUUCAGCGUCGUCCUGACAGGGACGCUGCACCUGCAGGGGGGGGAGUACCUGUCGGUGUUCGUGGACAACGGCUCCGGGUCGUCGCUCAGGAUCCUGCCCAGCUCCAGCUUCUCAGGCGUCCUGCUCGGAGUCUGAGCCCAGGACCCGGGUCCAGACCGGGUCCAGACCGGGUCCAGACCGGGUCCAGACCAGGUCCAGACUGAGUCCAGACCGGGUCUAGUUUAGUCCUGUUUUUUUUGUGGAUCAUUAUUUAUUAAAUUCUUGUAAAUAAAGUUUUGUCUUUAAA